CCACUUCAUUUUCCAGACCAAAGGAAUCUCUCACCUUUUUUUCCCAUAUUUUCCCUCUCUCUCUAUCUCUCUCAAUUAUCUGAUCUCUCUUCCCUUAAAAAUAACCCCCAAAAAAGGACAAGCCAGACCCACUUCCAUUUCUCCCUCCAUAAAUAACUUCCAAAUACAGUUAAAGUCACCCAUUUCUCUCUGGCCUCUUUGCUCUCUUUCUCAUUAAAGGGUCUUGUUGUACUAUUCUGCAGUUCUUACCUUGAGCUCUGAUGGAUUUUGGAACAUUUUCUCCACAUGGCUCUUUCUAUCCAAUACAAGCAGCAGAUCUUGCCAUGUUUCCAUCUCUUCUCUUGAAUUAUUCACAUGGGUUUUGCUUUUUCUAGAGUUUCUGGCUUUGAGCCCUGUUGGGUCUUGCUUCUUUUGCUCUUCUUCUUCUUCUUUCUAAGGGCAAAAGAAGCAGUUCCUUCUUAUUUGGUUUGCUAGAUCUUGGCCUUUUUAUACUCUUCUUCCUUGUAUUCUCUCUUGAUUCCUUGUUUUUCUAUGUUUUCUUGAUUUUAGCUGAAUUGGGUCUUGGUUAAAAUCCUCUGUAAUAUCUCCUCUCUGUGUUUUUGGACUCUCUUUUGGCUCCAAUGCCGCCUUCCUACUUUCCUCUUCGAUGGGAGAGCACCGGGGACCAGUGGUGGUAUGCAUCGCCCAUCGACUGGGCCGCUGCAAAUGGCCACUAUGAUCUUGUUCGUGAGCUCCUCCGCCUCGAUUCCAACCUCCUAAUAAAGCUCACCUCUCUCCGUCGAAUCCGACGCCUUGAAACUGUCUGGGAUGACGAUGCCCAGUUCGUCGAUGUGGCUAAGUGCCGUUCCCUUGUCGCCGGCAGCCUCCUCCAUGAAUGUGAAACCAAGAAAGGGAAGAAUACUCUCAUCCGUGCCGGCUAUGGCGGGUGGCUUCUGUACACUGCCGCAUCGGCAGGUGAUGUUGGCUUCCUUCAGGAAUUGCUCGAGCGGGACCCCCUUCUCGUUUUCGGAGAAGGGGAAUAUGGUGUAACCGAUAUAUUCUAUGCUGCUGCCAGGAGCAAGAAUUCAGAGGUUUUCAGGCUCAUGUUUGACUAUGCAGUCUCUCCACGAUGCUCUUUGGGCAGCGGAGGAGAAUUGGAGGAGCAGACAAGCGGCAUUCCUUCGGUAUUUAAGUGGGAGAUGCUGAAUCGGGCUGUUCAUGCGGCUGCGAGGGGAGGGAAUUUGGAAAUAUUGAAGGAGCUUCUUGGAGAUUGCUCUGAUAUUUUGGCUUAUAGAGAUUUUCAGGGUUCUACUGUCUUACAUGCUGCCUCUGGUAGAGGACAGGUUGAGGUUGUCAAGGAUUUGAUCAGAUCUUUUGAUAUUAUCACUUCCAGAGACAAUCAAGGCAACACAGCAUUGCAUGUUGCAGCUUACCGAGGCUAUUUAUCUGUGGUGCAGUCUCUUAUUCAAGCAUCUCCCUCAUCCGCAGAUAUGACAAACAAUGCCGGAGAUACUUUCCUCCACAUGGCUGUGGCCGGUUUUAGAACACCCGGUUUCCGAAGGGUGGACCGCCAAAUUGAGCUCAUGAAACAGUUGGUGUGCGGGCAAGUUGUAGGCCUGAAAGAGAUCAUAAACGUCAGGAACAACGAUGGUAGAACUGCACUCCACAUGGCUGUCAUUGGGAACAUCCAUUCCAAUCUUGUCGAGCUCCUGAUGUCAAUUCAAUCAAUCAAUCUGAAUAUUCGUGACGUCGAUGGCAUGACACCCUUGGAUCUCCUCAGCCAACGCCCACGAUCCGCAUCGUCUGAAAUAUUGAUCAAGCAGCUGAUUUCGGCUGGUGGGAUCUCGAAUUCACAGGAUUACAUGGCUAGAAGCGCCAUCGCUUCGCACCUCAAGAUGCAAGGUAUUGGUAGCAGCCCGGGGACAUCUUUCAAGAUCUCCGAUGCAGAGAUACUCUUAUAUACAGGAAUUGAAAACGCAUCUGACGUCAGUGGUGAUAGGGGCAGUGCGAGGCCCAGUUCAUGCUCGAGCACCAGCAAGAGCGAACUCAGUCAUCUAGAAACCAUCAAUGGGAAUCAAGGUUCUUUGGAAAAGAAGAAACCCAAUUCAGUGAACUAUGCGGCUAGGCGUCUGAAAAUUCUCCUUGGGUGGCCCCGCAAAAUUUUAGCAGACGACAAUUCAUCAGAAUCGUAUAAGAAAACGAGGGACUUGGAUGACACACCUACCCCGCUACGGCAGCGAUUCUCCAGGCCAACAGCUCUUCCAAACAGUAAGCGGACUCUCUCCGUUAGAACUUCUCUGCCAAGCCCAUCAACCAAGAAGAAAUUCGCAGCCGGUCUGAUGCAAGGGGUCAUUCAAGCCAUGCCCCAUUUGGCGUUUCCAUCCCACUCACCUUCGACUUCUUUCUCAAGGUCGCCGAUGUCUUCACCGACAACAUUGGAUAAACAGAAAGGCGUCCUAUCGGAUAAUGAGGCUGGCGAGCCAUCUUGCUCUAAGCCAUCUGUUGAUGAUGGGACCCAUGACGUGUCACCGAAAUCGAGCUCGGCUAAUAAUAGGUUGAUGAAUCAGUACUUUUGCUUUGGCGCACAAGCCCUGUCAGUUGAGGACUCGAUCACAGGGCCACAAUCGAACCGUACCUACAAGCGAUCGGUGCUAUCAAUGGCUUGAUCGAAGAACUGAUUAAAGGAGGUGAAACAUGAGUGUUUGUGAUAUAUCUCCUCUACCCGAACAAGGACUCUCGUGGCAGGGAAUUUUAGCAGUGGCAUCUUCUCAAGCUAAGUGUCCUCUUAGUAGUACUGUACAAAGAUCGGCAAGGUUAGAUCCUUUUGUUGAAUUACAUGUUUGCUUGUGGGACUUGACUAAUAUGGGAUCUUCCAUCAUUUCUUGAAUGUGAUGACUCAUUCAUCCGACACGUGGCACACAUUUACGUCACUCUUAUCAUGGGGCCCACUAAGUUGCAAUGGUAGAAGUAUCUUAACCAUUUGAUAUUGGCCACUGAAUCUGAAACCCUGACCAUUUCUCACCAGUUGGAUGGUUGGGAUUGUUUGAUCAGUGUGAUUUUGGUUUAUGCUCCACCCAUAACAGCCCCUCAUGAUUUUGAUGGUGUGUGCCUGUGUGGUGGAUGAGUCACCACCACUGUCUAAAAAUGCUGGAUAUGCAGAUAUUAGCCUAGCUCUUGCUUGUAUAAUUUGAGUAGACUUUCUAAGGGUUAUUAGCUGUCUAUUUGAAUCGCGUUUGAGUGAACUUCUGAAAUAGUUAGGGAUUUAGUAUUUAUGGAUGUUUGUAUUAUUUUCUUAUCCUGAGAAGAGCUUUAGUUUGACUACUUUGGGGUGAUUAUAAUAUGUAUCUACGGUGUUUGUUUACAA